GGGGAGAGAGAGAGAUGUAUGUCUGUCUGUCUCGAUCCCAUUCCGUUAAUGGAAAUAUACAUGAUCAUCAGAGCCAGCUAGCUCUCAUUCUCAAGUUCCCAACAAUGGAAAGGCGAGAGAGACGGCUUGAGCUAGCAGCUCAUCAAUGCACUCCCUGCCCCGUCCCCUGCCUCUGGAGGAUUUGGCGUGCCAAAACUUUGAUCCAUCUGAUCAUCUCACCCCUACACGCAAUAGCAAUUCAUCUGCAGGGAUUACAAUGGUUACUGAAAUCUGUGUGGGGACCUUCCGGCCUCAUCGAAGUCAGUCUCUUCAUCAGAAGGAUGCACACCGAAACGCCCAUUGGAUUUGCACCAAGUGCCAGCAUGGGAGGCGGUUCAUGACCAAGGCGGACCUUGCUGAGCACGUGGACCGGCAGCACCCGCAGCCAUCGAAGGGGAGGAGCAAAAGGAGGGACGAAAGGGAGGAGGAUGCCAUCGAUGAUAAUGCCCAGAAUAAUGCUGUUGCUUAACUAGUCGCACAGCGAUAAUCUCCAUAGGCUUAGCUAGCUCAUCUAGUCUCAGUCUGUUAAUGUUUUAAUGUUAGUGUGUCCCCCGUGUUCAUCGCAGUCUAGUCUUGUAUCAUUAUCGUUAAAUGUGGUCUCGUUUAGUAUAUUGUCUCCUCGUCUCGUCUCCUCUCGUAAGUGAUCUCGUUUAGUCAUUUUAUCUUUGAGCAUGCUUUACUGUGAGCUUUGCUCAAGUCUUAACAUUAUUAUAUAUAUUAGACGUUUAUAUAUUGUUUAUC